AUGCAAUUUUUCGAUAUUGCGAUUGCAUACCAUCACCUUAUCGACGAAGUCCAUACAGGCAAAUACCGCCAGCUUUUCCACCCAGAGCAGCUCAUAUCCGGCAAGGAAGAUGCUGCUAACGACUACGCUCGUGGCCACUACACAGUUAGUAAGGAAAUCAUCGAUUUCACACUCGACCGUAUCCGUAAGCUUGCUUGCAUCAUCCAAAUGUUCCAGUCGAUAGAUGAGAUUUGCACAUAUUUGUUAGCAUUCGGUAGACAUUCUAAUCUUGAAUUUUAUAUAUUACCCUUUUUUCCUGAUUUGAGUUAUUCUUCCACCAAAGAUUAUCAACACUAUCCCACUAAACAUAGAUAUUGCUAA